UGGCACAUUUCCAUAAUUCAAGAGUUGGAAGAAGUAUCGUAGUGAAAUACUUGUAGGUUUAAAGGAACUAAAUGUGUAUGGUAGUUGUUGUGUAGGAAAUGUUUAUGACUUUUACUAUACAUUUCAUAUUUUUAAGUUGAGAAAGCUUAGAAAUGUCGCGUUCAAAAUCAGAGAAGAUCGGGAGCUGUGGUAAAUGUGAAUUAAGCGUUUGGACACGUGCGAUAACAGCGAACUCCGAAUGGCCGGAUAAAGAAGAAUUCCUUGAUGUUAUAUAUUGGGCCAGGCAAGCGAUUGGAAUUAUAGUCGGUAUAGGAUGGGGCCUUAUACCUUUGAAAGGUUUUGUAGCUCUAUUAUUAUUUGUACUAGUUAAUGCAGGUGUUACGUACCUAUACUUUAGUAAUUUUCAACAAAUAGAUGAAGAAGAAUUUGGUGGUGUAUGGGAAUUAACUAAAGAAGGUUUUAUGACAUCAUUUGCUGGAUUUUUGGUUACUUGGAUCAUAAUAUAUACAGGGCUACAUUUCGACUGAUGAUUUCUGAAACAUCAAUAGUAUCUUGACUGACAAAAAUACAAAUACAUAUAAUAUUUUUUAUGAAUGAAAUACUUUAAACAUAUAUGGAAAUUACAUUGUCAAACAUUUUUAGGGUACAUUCAAAUUUUCAGCAUGUUUAAUAAAUAUGGCAUGUAAUAAUCAGUUUCUGAAAUGUUUACUAGCAUCAUUUGCUGUGUUUAGUUAACCAUUCUUAUAUAAGCAAUAAUUAUACAUUUAAAUGUUAUUUAUCAAUAGAGAACAUUAUAUGCAAGAGUUUAAACUUCUCAUUAUAAACAAUAUUAAUUUGGAAUUUUACUUGUGGAAUAUAAUUAAUUUUUAUUAUAUUCCCUUUUAUAUACAUAUUGUUGCAGAAAAUAGAAUGAUUCAUGUGAACACAGUAAACUAUUGCCAAAACUGAUUACAUAUUAUAUAUGCCAGAUCAAAUUAUAAAUAAACAUUUUGAAUACCCAAAUUAUUCAAUAUUUGAUCAGAUUGAACAUUUUGCAUGUUAUUAAUAAAAUUUGUAUGCUGACUAUUUUUUCAACUAUUGAAAUAUAUAAUGACAACUAGUUAACAAUUCCAAUUGAUGCCUUGACAGGUACAAGGCAAUCGUAUACAUUACAAUUACAUUACAUUGUAUAAGUAGAUUUUAAGUAUUAAAAUAAUUUUAUGUAUACUAUAUUUCAGAAGUAACUGUUUAUUUUACUUCUAUCUAAAUAAGGAUCGGCGUGGAAAAUUUUAAAUAAACAGAUUUUACAUAGAAAUAAUUUGAAAGGAAGAAAAGGCUAACAUCAAUAAUAUCGUUAAUAACUUCAU